UCGCUGUCAGGUGACGUACUCGGGCGGCAGUAAGUGUUUCAGCUGCACUUCAGCCUCAGAGAGAGACAAGUGGAUGGAAAACCUGAGGAGGACGAUUCAGCCCAACAAGGACAACUGUCGGCGGGCGGAGAACCUGCUGCGACUGUGGAUCAUCGAAGCCAAAGACCUGCCGCCUAAGAAGAAAUAUUUCUGCGAGCUGUGUCUGGAUGACGUCCUGUACGCCCGGACCACCAGCAAGACUCGCCACGACAGCCUGUUCUGGGGCGAGCACUUCGACUUCUCCGGCCUGCCCGCCAUGCACAGCAUCACCGUGCACAUCUACCGCGACGUGGACCGGAAGAAGAAGAAAGACAAGAACAACUACGUGGGCCUGGUCAACAUCCCGGUGUCGGGCGUGACGGGGCGGCAGUUUGUGGAGAAGUGGUACCCGGUCAGCACGCCCACCACCAGCAAGUCCAAGGGAGGGGGGCCGUCGAUCCGCAUCAAGUCCCGCUUCCAGACCAUCUCCAUCCUGCCCAUGGAGCAGUACAAGGAGUUCGCCGAGUUCGUCACCAACAACUACACCAUGCUGUGCUCGGUGCUGGAGCCCGUCAUCAGCGUCAAGAACAAGGAGGAGAUGGCCUGCGCUCUGGUCCACAUCCUGCAGAGCACCGGGAGGGCAAAGGACUUCCUGACAGACCUGGUGAUGUCGGAGGUGGACCGCUGUGCCGACCACGACGUCCUGAUCUUCAGGGAGAACACGCUGGCUACCAAAGCCAUCGAGGAAUAUCUGAAACUGGUGGGACAGAAAUAUCUGCACGACGCCCUCGGUGAGUUCAUUAAGGCUCUGUACGAGUCGGACGAGAACUGCGAGGUGGAUCCCAGUCGAUGCUCCGGCAGCGAUCUGGCUGAACAUCAGAGUAACCUGAAGAUGUGCUGCGAGCUCGCUUUCUGCAAGAUCAUCAACUCCUACUGUGUGUUUCCUCGGGAGCUGAAGGAAGUGUUUGCGUCUUGGAAGCAGCAGUGCGUCGCUCGCGGCCACCAGCAGGACAUCAGCAAGCGUCUGAUCAGCGCCUCACUCUUCCUGCGCUUCCUGUGCCCCGCUAUCAUGUCGCCAUCGCUCUUUAACCUGAUGCAGGAAUAUCCGGACGACCGGACGUCCCGGACGCUCACGCUCAUCGCCAAAGUCAUCCAGAACCUCGCCAACUUCACCAAGUUUGGAAACAAAGAGGAGUACAUGGCCUUCAUGAACGACUUCCUGGAGCACGAGUGGGCGGGAAUGAUGCGCUUCCUGUCGGAGAUCUCCAACCCAGAGACUCUGUCCAACACGCCGGGCUUCGAGGGCUACAUCGACCUCGGCCGCGAGCUGUCCGUCCUGCACGCUCUGCUGUGGGAGGUCGUCUCUCAGCUCGACAAGGGUGAAAAUUCUUCCUGCCAAGGCCACCGUAGGGCGAGCCUGGGCCCGCUGCCCGAGGAUUCUGGAGACCUCUCCUCGCUGUCUGGCCGCUCCCCACGCCCCGUCCAGCAGCCACUGGCGGCGGUUUUCCAGGACCACAGCCUCCGCAACAAACCAUCCAAUGGCAAGCUGGGCCUGGUCGUCCAGGGGUUACAGCCGGGAUCUUUGAGGGACCCCGCGACAAGGCCCGUAGCCGAAGGGUCCGCAGCCAUGCCAGUCUCCAGUUCAGCCCGCAGGGUUAGUUUCGAGGUCCAGCGCGCUGGCUGGCACAGGCAAGCACUCACAACCACACCAGCUUCUCCGGACCCGAGGAGCGAGACGGCGGUGGCCUCCCCCAAAUGGCCGCAGCAUCUCCCUCUGGUGGGAACUGCAAGGAACGCCCAGAGCCUGGCCACCCGGCAGCCGUGGGGACCGCCGGCCGCAACCACGAGGCCGCCCCGCUCAGCAGGGUUGGGGCUCGGCAGCCUCCAAUCCGGGAACACACACCCCGCCCUCGCUCCCAACUACCCCCCACUCCAACCCUCUACGCCAGCCGGUGCCACCAGCCCAAAAGCCGCGGCCAGAAGGCCGAAGAGCCGCACCCGCAGGGUGAGGCCGGCCCGGCUGCACCCGUCUGCUCAGCCAGCAAGGCGCAGCCUGCACGUGUCCUUCCAGAACCGUGUAACCAACCUGAGGCACGGAGAAAGCUCGCACACAGCCCACCAGCAACCUCCGACCGACUUCGGCAGCCAGGUGGGGUCAGGUGCGUGGGGCGUCCAACCAGCAAGCCUGGGGACGAGUCGGGCCCAGCAAGGGCCCGGAGCCAGCCAGGCCGAGGAGUGCUCCACGCCGCGCACCGACACGCGCCCGACUCCGCCGGGCCACUGCCUACGGCGGGUCGCCAUUUCCCCGUCAGAGCACGACGGCGGGCCACCGCCACCCAUCCGUUAA